ACUAUCGACUCAUAGGGGCGACAAUAGUCAGUCUAUUUUGUCAUGUUCGGAUAAUCCAGCGUUAGUCCAUUGGAUGAACCAAAUUCGCAGCUCACCUGGGGGCGUUAAUGAGAUAGCCGAUUAAAGAUCCCGAAACCCCAGGAGACACGCGGUGACCCGGUCCCAUACAAAUCAAAACUCUCCGGCUCGUUACGGUUACAGUGUACGGGCCACGGCAUACUCGGAGAUGGAUAAGUAUUUUGGAGUGGAGGCGUUGGCCAUGCAAUGGGAGUCUCGAGAUUGGCCAAUUUGCCCCCAGUCUGGAAUGGUUCUUCAACGACUAAACCGGAUUGAGAAGGCUAUCCUCACGUGCCAAGCAACCGUCCCAUUGCCACUGCCCCACAAUUCGCUCUCGAAAAGGUUCCUUACAUACUCCCCACGGCCCACUCGUCAAUGACAAGUCCAGUUCCCGAACUCGCUACCCUUAUGCAUAAACUCAAGAGGGAGAUCGCAAUGAUAUUGAUUCAUUCGAGCUAACUUGCGGUCGUUGCUUCUUAUCAAACCACCAAAGCACUACGUUAACCAUGAAAGCAUUGGUGUGUCGAGUCUGCCAGAAGGCCUUCUCGAAGGCUGAGCAUCUAAGGAGACAUGAACGUUGCCACACGGGAGCCAAGCCAUUCGUGUGCAAAGAAUGUCGUCGACCUUUCGCCCGCCAAGACGCUCUUGCGCGCCAUGAGAAAUUGCACAUUAGGGCUGCAGCCAACGCUAAGCUUCCUCAAGAGCAGCAUGUACACGAGAUCCCCCAACCUGCUUCUCUCGAGGCUCUCCCGCCAUGGGACACCACGAGAGCCCCUGUAGAUGCCGCAGUAACAGUGCCUGCACCAAAUCAGACAUGGGAUACUUCACAACCCGAGCAAAACCCUGGCUUGCAACAUGCAGCAUCCGAUCUUGAUUUUACGCUGAUAUGGCCCGAUUCGGAGAGCCUGUUCCAAAGUAUCAUGUCAUCAGACACAACAGAUCAAUGGCAAAUGCCUUUGGGAGCACUACCCUUCCCACCAGUAGUCCAAGAUGUGAACUCAAUGAGCUUUGGGUCCCCCAAUUCGUUCGACGAUCGUAGCUCUUCAAUAGGCACGAUCCCUUCGGGUGGUAGUCAUCAGGCUGUACGAGAUGUCACAGAAAUGGUGGCAAGCUCUUCCUCUAGUGUGACGGCGGCGAUCAAAGCAACGUCAAUCACAUCUGUGUUCCUGGACGAAUGCCUGCAUAUGUUCUUUGUGCGGUUCAUUCCAACAUUCCCCAUCUUACAUCGGGCUACAUUCGUUUUUCGGGAGUGCACUCAUCCACUUCUUCUAAAUGCUAUGGCUUUGGGAUCCCUGUAUCUGGGUCCCAAAGAUUCAGUUGCAAAAGGGGAAGCGUUAUGGCGGCUGGCACAUACUGCCGUUGCUACUUCGUGGCAAUCGUUAAUCACGCAUCGUGGCCCUUACGAUGCAUGCAAAGGCGUCCAGCUUCUUAUCACUGCCCUUCUAGGCCAGAUAUACGGUGCAUUAUCGAAGAAUAGACUUAUUCGCACCACGAGUCAAGUCUUCCGUCCACUUGGAUUCUUUUGGGCCCGGCAUUGCGGAAUGCUAGAUAGCGAACCUUUUUCCAUGGAUAGUUUGCCAUUCCCCAGCGCGUCAAUGGACGAGAAAGAGCGUCAAUGGCGAACAUGGGCUGCACGAGAGAUUCAACAGCGUGCGUUGCUUGCGUAUCAUGUCCUUGACGGUCUCGUUGCACAGAUGUCUGGUGAUGGUACAUCGACCCGCCAUGUCGCUAAUCCUCUUGUUCUUCCUAGCAGUGAAGCUGCAUUUGAUGCUAGUAACGUGGAUGAAUGGCUAGCACAUAUGCGCUCUCAACGGCCCGAUCAACCAUCUUUUCGGUUGGUCUUCCGCUCUCUUUUCCCUCCAGUUAGUAGCUUUCGGCCUCUAGAUUAUCAGCUUUCUGCCUUCUCCCUUCGGGUCAUCCUUGAAGGCCUACAGUCUCUGGUGUCAGACUCGGACGAGAGUGACCUUGUCGCUGUGGGUGUUCCAGGGCGUUCAGAUGUGAGAAGAGCCCUGGCUCAAGUGCACGAGACAGUCUCCAUGAGCAUUCACCUUUCUGCCGAAGAACGACUCGAAGUCCUUCUCCGUUGGCAUACUAUAUGCCUCGAUACUAUGAUUAACUCGACCGUUCUUUGUAGGCAUGUCUGCUCCUGCUACGACAUUGCGCAACAUGUGUCUGGGGGCUCUCGAACAGUUAAGCCCGGGUUCGAUAUGGCGAAGUGGGUCUGCACUCCUGAUGCACGCCGUGCUUUGCUGCAUGCUAUUGCUAUUCAGGAUAUCAUCGAACAACUUCCACGAGGCCGAGCUCAUGUAAUUCAUAUGCCAAGCUCACUCUUCGCCGCAGUGACAAUCUAUGUCGUGUUCUCGCUCGCGGGAGUCGCAACAAUCCACCUUCCACGGACCAUUGCUUGGCAGGACGCACUUCUUUCACACGCCGAUUUGAACUUGGGAUGUGACAAUAGUCGGGCAUCUACUGGCUCCGAAACAAGGCGGUUUGUUGAAGAAGGCCAAACAGAUUCGCCCCCUGGACUAGGAGCUGUGAGGAACUUGCUUUAUGAGAUGAAUUCAAUGCAGAAGCUGUUCCGCUGUCUCAUAUCUCAGUGGGGCAUUGCUCACGAUAUGGAAGAGAUCGUUAACCAGUGGAUUACCUUGUGUCAUUAGGCAUUCAGGUCCCCUGUAUAAUCUACUCUAUCUCAUUACAGUCCGGCGUUGGUGGCAUUCUCCGAGCGGUUGCAUGGCUUGAACUUUGUUAUAAGGAAACAUAGGUAUAUAGACGUUCUUGCUGUUUGCAUAUAGAAGCGACUCCCUGUGGACGAAUUUAUGUACUGCUACAAUGGAAAGGCACAAUUACUGGAUUCAGUUUCCCAUCCCCACUGUAUAGUUUUCUUUGAGCCCUGAGUGGCCCUUCCUUUCACAAAUCACACGAAACGCGC